GAUUGGAGGAGUUGUCAGAGAUGCGCGGAAGGUUUCUUGGGAUCGCCGCGGUCGGCAGAGGAGCUCAGAGUCUUGGCAAGGCGCGGGGUCCGGAGGCAAGACCAUUGAAGAAUGUUUAUUCCAAGAGCACUUAAAGUCAAGAGGACCACUGAUGAUGAUGGGACCUGCGUAGCUAAGAAAAACAAGUCUUCUCCCAGUGAAUCCUCGUUUGAAGAAGCCUCAAAGUUUAGAGAUGCUGAAUUGGAUUUAAAAGACAAUUCUGCCUCAGAAAGGGACUCCUGUCCAGUGGAAGAUUGUACAGAGCCACAAACUUAUCUAAAUUCACCUGUGGCAGUUGUUAAAGGAACUCUGGAAAAUGCAAAAAGCGAGGAAUGUUCUCUUGCAGAGGAACCUGUAAAAUCAUUCAGUAGAACUCAACGCUGGCCACAACCUGGAGAGCCUGUCUGCGUAGUCUGUGGUCGCUAUGGGGAAUACAUCUGUGACCAGACUGAUGAAGAUGUCUGUAGUUUGGAGUGUAAAGCCAAACACCUUUUACGCAUCAAAGAGCAGGAGGAAGGCUCAAAGCCCACUGAUGGUGAAAUAAAGGAAUCUCAGACCAGGUCUGCCUGCCUUGACCAUACUUAUGUCUAUAAAGAAAACGAUUUUGUAUUAAGCCUACAAGAUGGGCAGGUUGACAACUUAAAGCUGCAACUAGGCAUCACUGUGCAAGGUCAAGGAGUUGCAAGACCCAUCGUAGAAUUUGAGCACUGUGGCUUUCCUGACAUUUUAAACUGCAAUUUAAAAAAAUCUGGCUAUGAAGUCCCAACUCCGGUCCAGAUGCAAAUGAUUCCAGUUGGAUUACAGGGCAGGGAUAUCGUGGCCGCUGCUGACACAGGCUCGGGAAAAACUGCAGCUUUCUUGCUUCCAGUUAUAAUUAAAGCUAUGGGCGAGACAGAAAGCCCAUCUGCUCUUAUUUUGACACCAACAAGAGAGCUGGCAAUACAGAUUGAGAAGCAAGCUAAAGAGCUUAUGAUUGGUCUGCCAAACAUGAGAACAGUUCUUCUUGUUGGAGGGUUGCCGUUACCACCGCAGCUUCAUCGCCUAAAACAAAAUGUUAAAGUUAUAAUAGCAACACCUGGAAGGCUCCUAGAAAUUCUAAAGCAAAGCACCAUACAACUCCAUCACAUUAAACUUGUUGUAGUGGAUGAAGCUGAUAGCAUGUUAAAAAUGGGUUUCCAGCAGCAGGUAUUAGAUAUUUUGGAAAAUAUCCCCAGUGAUCGUCAGACUCUUCUAGUGUCGGCUACAAUGCCUUUUGGCACCGAGCAACUGGCAAAUCGGCUUCUGCAAAACCCUGUAAAAAUCACAAUUGGAGAAAAGAAUAUGCCGUGCUCCAACGUUCGCCAGAUUAUCUUGUGGGUAGAGGAACCCUCCAAAAAGAAAAAACUUUUUGAAAUAUUAAAUGAUAAGAAACUCUUCAAGCCUCCGGUGCUGGUGUUUGUAGAAUGCAAACUAGGUGCAGAUCUACUGAGUGACGCUGUUCAUAAAAUCACAGGCUUACAAACAGUAUCGAUGCAUGCUGAUAAACUGCAGACUGAAAGAACUGCCAUAUUACAGGGAUUAUUUCAAGAAAAGUAUGAAGUUGUUGUAAGCACUGGAGUCCUUGGACGAGGACUUGAUCUGGUCAAUGUUAAGCUGGUUGUCAACUUUGACAUGCCAUCCAGUAUGGAUGAAUAUGUACAUCAGGUUGGAAGAGCUGGACGGCUGGGUCACAGUGGAACCGCAAUUACAUUUAUUAAUAACAACAGCAAGAGACUUUUCUGGGAUGUUGUAAAGCGAGUGAAACCUACAGGCACUAUUCUCCCACCCCAAUUAUUAAAUUCCCCAUAUCUGCAUGACCAGAAGAGAAAAGAACAGCAAAGAAGCAAACAGUCACAACAUGGUCUUGUAACAGCUGAUAAGCUUGUGGACAUUAUUCGAAAACAUGACAGAAGCAUUUCGCAGAAGCACUGAGAUGUAAAGUUUCAGGAAAUGUUAUCAAGGUAUUUAUAUUGGUUCCCCCCGUCUCUGUUUUAUCCUCGAGAUAGGUCAGGCUGAGACUGACCCUAUGUGACUAGCCCAAGGACACCCAGCAAGCUUUGAUGGCAGAGUGGGGACUUGAACUUGGGUCUCCUAUAUCCUAGUCUCACACUUGUAAGCACUAUGCCAUGUUGGACUAUUCUGAAGACAUGGGGAUAUUUUUUUCUCUACUUGUGUUGUGGAUGGGUGGAAAUGUUUGUGAAAAUUGAAAAAUACACUGUAUAUAUAAAAGCUAAAUUUUUAAAAUAUA